AAAAUAAACAAAAAAGUUGGGGAAAAUAUAGAAUUUGAAUUUUCUCUCAAAAAGUAUUAAAAGUCGCGUUAUUUAAUUAGUUUAAUUGUUCUGUAAUGUUUAAAAAUGAACGUAAAUCAUACCCCAGAUAAAACCGAUUGGAAAAACAAGAUCAUCAAUCGAAUUGAACGAAGGAAUCGGGCACAAUGUUACUGCUACCAAGACCUUAUCAAUUCUCACAAUCGUUUAUUCGAUCAAGCCACCGCUCUCAAGUCGGAAAAUAUUCAGCUUUCUAUACAACUAGAGAAACUUCGUCAAGAAGGACUGCUAGCUAUAAAAUCCGACGGUACUAACGAUAAUGUUCGAACAGUAACCAGCGAACAACUCUUAGCUUUAGAGCAAAAGCUUCUCGCUCAACAAGAAGAGCUCACCGAGAUCCAUAAAAAACGUGGCGAAAAUGUACAAAUGAUAAUCGAUCUAAGCAACGCGGUUACUGAAAAAGACAAAUUACUCUCCAUCAAAGAAGAAGCAUUGAAAGAAAGCAUGAGCGUGAUAGCCAGUUUGAAUGCUGAAAUAAAAAUGCAUCAAGCUAAUCAUAAACAAUUGGAGUCGUUGAACCAAGUGCUCAAAGAUGAACAUCAAGCUCUUCAGUUGGCCUUCACUCAUCUAGAAGAGAAAUUGAGAAAAGCUCAGGAUGAAAAUAUGGAAUUAGUCGAUCGACUUAAAAGAUAUAAAUUCAAAGAUGCCGAAAAACUCAACGAAGAGAAUGAAAAUUUCAUCAGAAAACGAAAUGCUAAAAUGCAAAAAGAACUCGAAGAUGCUGCCAAGGAUAUGAAAGGAUUGUCACCGGAUAGUUUGAAUUUUAAAGAUUGCGGUGCUCCUGCGUUCUCUCUAAAUGCCAUUCCUACCAAACCUUAUUUACAUUUUGAUGCUCACGAUGGUGAAGUAAAUGCCGUCAAAUGGAGUCCCGUCGAUCGACUAAUUGCCACCGGUGGGGCUGAUAGAAAGGUUAAAUUAUGGGAUGUCUCUAAAGGCUGUGUCGAAAGUAAAGGUUUACUAGUUGGUAGUAAUGCCGGUGUAAUGUCCGUUGAUUUCGAUAGCACCGGUACUUUGGUUAUUGCUUCGUCGAAUGAUCUCGCUUCCCGGGUAUGGACAGUAAACGAUCUACGUUUAAGGCAUACAUUAACGGGCCAUUGUGCAAAAGUUCUAGCUGCCAAGUUUUUAGGCGAACCGUCCAAAGUAGUUACUGGUAGUCAUGACAGAACGUUGAAAAUCUGGGAUCUUCGAAGUAGAGCUUGUAUUGAAACAAAAUUUGCUGGAUCAAGUUGUAAUGAUUUAGUUACCAUGGAUAGCGCCGGCACGGUUAUAUUCAGUGGUCAUUUUGACAAGAAGAUUCGAAUGUGGGAUACGCGAACUGAUAUGAAACCUAAAGAAAUUGAAGUUCAAGGCAAAGUCACGUCGUUAGAUCUUUCUAGAGAUUAUAAAUACUUAUUAUGUUGCGUUAGAGAUGACACUUUACGACUGAUAGACUUACGAACGAACCAAAUCCUACAAACGUUUUGCGCUGAAGGUUUCAAAGUUGGCUGCGAUUGGGCCAGAGCUGUGUUCAACGUGGACGCCACCUAUGUAUCCGUAGGCUCAGCUGAUGGUACAGUAUUCAUUUGGGACGUAACUACAGCCAAAGUCGAAGGAUUGCUUAAAAACGAGCACACAUCACCUAUAACAGCUGUAUCAUGGCAUCCGUUCACCAAUCACCUCGUAAGCGUGGAUCGAGCCAAGAGGUCGGUAGUAUGGUCCGACGUAUAGCGUCCGUCAAGUCCGCCGGUUGCGGAUUUUUCUACACUUUCGUAUUUUUCCCGUGACAACAAACCCUUCGAAAUACAUAAUGUUAAUUUUAUUUUACUACAUUUUUUUUCUUUCGUCUUUUUAUUAUUUUUUGUCUUUUUGUGUAAGAAUUUCAUGGUAUUUGAGAAAAACAGAGUUGAGAUAUAUUUAGAACAAAUUUUUUAUCAUAUAAGAAGGUACAUUUUAACGUCGUCGAAUUUAUCCUGUACAUAUGUUUUUCUUCCCCCCUCUCUCUCUCUCCUAUUUUUACAAAUUUUUUACGUGACUUUUGUACCUCACGCUUAAAAUAAUUUCUAUAUUAUUACGCUGUUACAAAAAUAGUACCUAUCUACAAUGGUGUUUCGUGUGCGCGUGUUUUUUUUUUCAUUUUUUUUUUUAUAAAUCGACGACAUACUUGUUCACAAUAUUUUUGUACAAUGUUUAUACAUCAUGCUAUAUUUAAGGUAAGCUUUCAAAAAAAAAAACAGGGGUAAAAAUGUAAAAAAAUGUCACUCUAAUCAGAUUACAAUAUAACUAUGUAGAUGCUGGAGCGAAAUAUCGCGGAGUAACCCACACAUACGCCAUCUCGGGUAUAUAAACUGAAAAUUUAAUGAAGUGUAAAUUCAUUUUGCUAAUGAUAGUGCCAGUGCCACGCCAGCAGCCAUCGUAGUGCCAGCAGUAAGCAGUAGUGAGAUCGAGAUGAGAGAACAGAUUCUACUUCUCAGUACCGGGUACUUUUUUUUUUUGCUGUUUUUAUACCUGCAUUGGGUUUUAUUUUAACCUCGUAUUAUCGCGUUUUAAAAGUAUUUUUAUACGUAGUCAUUAAAGUUUAUUUUUUCUCUCUUAUGGCGUUUUGUAUGCGAAAAUGUCACAUCUGUGUUGGCGACGCGUUUUAUAUACUACGAUGAAGUAUGCGUGAAAUUGGUCUUUAUACAGGGUCUUAGAUCUUUUUAAAUGAGUCAUUUUCUUUACACCAGAUAACUAUAUAAAGGUGUCGUGUCGUGUCGUCCCUUUUUUCCUCGUGUAAUACGAGUACGAGUGGGGUGUCUGAAAGGGUAGAAUCAUAUGUGUACCUCUUACUACGUGUAGAGUAAUUCCUAUUCCGGUGAAAAUGGUCCCGUUUUAUAGGCAAGUGAUUCCUUUUAUUUUACGAGAACGACACUUUUACCCGAGUAAAUUAAUAACGACGAGGUGUCGUAGUAAUUUGCCUUUAGGUGCUUGCGAAUUAUCGAGGUGUAAAUUUUUAUUGCCUGGGGUUGGUGUUUUUUUUAACGGAGGGGAAAGGAGGAGGUGAGGUUGCAAAAUACGAGUAAUGAGAUAGUUGAAAAGUAAUGGUUUAUUGUUGUGUGAGAUGAAUUAUCCAUAAUUAUUAUGUUUUGGUGCAUAAAUUUAUUUUAUUUAAAAAAAAAAAAAAAAAAAAAAGGAAA